ACGAGCAUUGAUUCCAGGCCGGGCGUUCUCCUCCACCCAGCCUCAGUCAAGUCGGGAUUAGCGACGAGAUAGCAGCUGUCCUUUCUACUCUCCACUCCGAAGACAGUGAAGUAGUUCAUCUGCAUCGUGACAUCUAUAAAGGGAAGUUUUCAGUACGCAUUGACGUCUGAAGUGUGAAUAUUCAAGAGGGGAAUAUCCUGAAGAUGGCUGCGAACAACGGGAAGCGACCUGUUGCUUAUGUGACACGAGUGGAGUGUUUUAGCGCUUGCCACCGAUUACAUAGCAAACAGCUUAAUGACGAAGAUAACCACGAAAUCUUUGGCAAGUGUAACAACCCUAACGGACACGGACACAACUACAAGCUUGAGGUGACAGUGCGAGGACCUGUUGACGCCGUGACGGGGAUGGUGAUGAAUGUGACUGACCUCAAGCGCAUCAUCAAUAGCGUAGUCAUGGAUGUCAUGGACCACAAGCAUCUCGAUUUGGACGUCCCUGUCUUCAGGGACUCAAAUCUAGUCAGCACUACAGAAAAUGUUGCAGUUGUCAUAUUUGAGGCCAUCCAGGGUCAACUUCCGAGCCAGGUGGCCUUGUAUGAAAUUAAAGUGCAUGAGACUGACAAGAAUAUUGUUGUCUACAGGGGAGAACAUGAAUGAAUAAUUGAUACUAAAAAUCUGAUCAGUAAGUGCCAUACAAGAGUUUAAAUGAGAUUAGUUUUGAUAUCAAACUUUUAGUAUAUGAAUGAAAUAGCUUAGGUAGAGACUAUAUAUCUUCCAAGAAUACUUCUUUCCGUCAGGUUCAUAUUAUUUUGAAAAUACUUUUUGUAUUGUGAAAUUAAUUUGUUAUCAAAGUAUAAAAUAAUAAAUUGUUUUAAAACUAUGUCUGUCUUUUAGUAAAUUGUACAAUUUAUAGAUUAAAUAUUAUUAUCAGGUUUAUGGUGUUCUUGAAUUAUAAAAAAAAUUACAGUUAAUCUGAUACCCAAGAUCAAGGUCAGUUGCUGGCUUUUCACUGAUAUUUAUAUAUAUAACAGCAUAUAAUUAACUGUACAAUGCGAAUCAGAAAUCUUUAACUUGCAUUCAUUGGUACAAAGCAGUGAGACAGAGGCUCACUAGUAAAAUUUUAUCUCGGUGAACAUUCAUGCUUAUGUGCAUGAACACACAUAUGUAGAUUACUCAUAGCAGUCAUCAGGUCAAGCUUACAUUUAACAACAGAGUUGGCUUGGUACCUCAGUGGUUUGAUUUUAUAUUUAAAAAUAAAUCGAAAUUAUGUAAACAAAUAUUUAAUAAACACAAUAGGAAUAAUAUAAAUAAUAGUGUUUCAGUACUAUUAUGAAGAAUACAUUAUGAAUUCCUUUAUACAUAAAAAGAAAGUAAUAUAAAAAGACACUUGAUAAAUUGUUAUAAAAAUCCACUGAUAAUUCCCUAGUAUUUUUUCUGUGCUAAAUAGAAUAUGUAAAAGAAGUCCUGAUUUUAUUCACCUUUCAUUUACAUAUAAACAACCCAAAAUAAGAAUCUUUUAAUUACUUAUAAUACUGCUUUUCAGAAUAUUACUAUAAAAAAACUGAAGAGAUCAAUAUUAGAAAGUAAAUGGCAGUUAUGAUAAAUAUUUAGUAAAUAACAGGUAACUAAUAUCCCUCCACAUCUGUGCAAAUGAAAUUAAACAAAAUAAUGAAUAUUAUUUUUUACAUUCACAACUUAAACUUUGCAUGUUGAUCUUCAUACAAAAUUGUUAUUUAAAAUGCAUUAAUUCCUAUUUCUGCAAAAUAUGACAGAAAAUUCUGGCACUGGCAAAAAACAAUAAUUGUGGUCAUGUGUUCAUGUGAAUCCUAAUUGCAAUUUCCACUUCUUUUCAUUAUUCAUUUAUAUGUUGUACGAGGAACUGAGUACUUUAAUCUGAUACUUUAUUUCUAAAAUGUGUUUAACUAUAUUACUUCCAUUGUCUUAUUAGCAAUGAGAAAUAUAAAAUAAAACAAAAUUCACCUUUAGUGUUUCAUGAGAUAGUACAUCAUUGUCUUAACUUUUAUCAUUUUUGGUCUUGUUUAUAAUAUGAAUACCAUAAGGAAGAUAAUAAUAUUUGUAAAUUACAAGUGAUACAUUGAUGACAUUACCCAUAUUUAAAAUGUGAUAGAAAAGUUAAUUAACACUCCGAGGUACAAAAUACAGUACGAGAUGUAUCAUCACCAAACAAAAUAAAAUUUUAUUGGUU